UGCAGAACAAGAACAGAAAGAAUCUGAUGGUGAGGUCAAAUCAUCGGAACGUCAAUCGUGGCAGACGAAAUUGAGCGAGCUUGCGAGUUUGCAAGCAAAUUCGGGAAUCUCUCGACAAUUGUUUCCGCGUUAUCGACGACACGACGGUAUAUUGUUGCGCACGCAUUCGAUAAUUUUGCUAGUGUCUGUCCACUGAAGAAAACAUCGUUUAUCGAUUCCGGCAAUAAAGUGAUACUGCCACACCCCAUCGAGGCCAUUUUGGACGAUAGUUAGUGAGAGCUAUUUUAAAGAUCGUAGCUAGCCAUGGAUCAAAUUACGCCUAAAGAGGUGAAGAUCCUCGAAAAUCCGGAAGACAUUCAGGAGAGGCGAGAACAAGUAUUGGGACGCUAUGCCAACUUCAAGGCGGAGGCGCGCAACAAACGGGACAAACUCGAGGACUCCCGUCGCUUUCAGUACUUUAAGCGAGAUGCGGACGAACUCGAAGGUUGGAUUUACGAAAAGCUCCAAGCGGCCUCCGAUGAGAGUUACAAAGACCCAACCAAUCUACAAGCAAAGAUCCAGAAGCACCAGGCUUUUGAAGCAGAAGUUGCCGCUCAUUCAAAUGCCAUCGUGCUACUCGAUAAUACUGGUUCUGAGAUGAUAGCGCAACAUCAUUUUGCCAGCGAUGUAAUUCGCAAGAGACUAGAGGAGUUACACCGCCUGUGGGAGUUGUUGUUAUCCCGAUUAGCUGACAAGGGCUUGAAGCUACAGCAGGCUUUAGUUCUUGUACAAUUUAUUCGUCAUUGUGAUGAAGUGAUGUUUUGGAUUCACGACAAGGAAGCAUUUGUAACGACCGAUGAAUUUGGACACGACUUGGAGCAUGUGGAGGUGCUCCAAAGGAAAUUUGACGAAUUCCAGAAGGACAUGGCAAGUCAAGAAUACAGAGUUACUGAGGUGAACGAGCUGGCGGAUAAAUUGUUAUUAGAUGGACAUCCCGAACGCGAUACCAUUUUACGUAGGAAGGAAGAGCUUAACGAAUCUUGGCAGAGAUUGAAACAAUUAGCCACAUUGCGACAGGAGAAGCUCUUUGGAGCGCACGAAAUCCAGAGAUUCAAUCGUGAUGCUGAUGAGACUAUGGCUUGGAUCGCAGAGAAGGAUGUUGUCUUAUCGUCCGAUGAUUUCGGACGUGAUCUUGCCAGUGUGCAAACGUUGCAACGAAAACACGAAGGUAUCGAGCGCGACUUGGCUGCUCUGGAAGACAAAGUAUAUACAUUGGGUGCGGAAGCCGAUCGUCUCGCUGCGAUUCACGAAGCUGAUCAUUCUAAACAGAUUCAAGCUAAACGCGCCGAGAUUUUACAGUCGUGGGAGAGUCUUACUGCAAAAGCAAAAGAGCGACGCCUCAAACUUGAUGAAUCCUAUUAUUUACAUCGAUUCUUGGCAGAUUAUCGUGACUUAGUAUCCUGGAUGAACGAUAUGCGUGCUAUCAUUUCCGCAGACGAACUAGCUAAAGAUGUGGCCGGCGCUGAAGCCUUGGUCGAUCGACAUCAGGAACAUAAGGGAGAAAUAGAUGCCAGAGCCGAUAGCUUUGAUGCAACCACUUUGGCUGGUAAUAAACUGCUAGAAAAGAAACAUUACGCUGCUGAAGAAGUGGCACGAAAAUUAAAUUCUCUCGCCGAUGACAAGUCAUCUCUUUUGAGUUUGUGGGAGAAGAGGCGUAUCUUGUACGAGCAAUGUGUAGAUUUACAACUAUUCUACCGGGAUACGGAGCAGGCGGAUGCGUGGAUGGCUAAACAAGAAGCUUUUUUGGCUAAUGAAGACUUGGGAGAUUCCCUUGAUAGUGUGGAGGCACUUAUCAAAAAACAUGAAGACUUCGAUAAAUCUCUGGCAGCUCAGGAAGAGAAGAUUAAGGUGCUUGAUGACUUUGCUGGAAAGUUAAUCGAGGGCGAGCAUUAUGCUGCAGAUGACGUGGCGCAACGACGGCAACUGUUAUUAGAAAGACGAGCUAUUCUUCUUGAGAAAUCAGCUCAAAGACGUCGUCGUCUUGAAGAUGCAUACAAACUACAACAAUUCGAAAGAGAUUGUGACGAAACAAAGGGCUGGGUCAAUGAGAAGCUUAAGUUCGCUACUGAUGACAGUUACUUGGAUCCCACUAAUUUGAACGGCAAAGUCCAAAAACAUCAGAAUUUCGAGCAAGAACUAAACGCGAAUAAAACGCGGAUGGAGGAGAUGGUAGCUACUGGCCAGGAGUUGAUUGAGUGUGGUCACUAUGCUAGUGAUCGCAUACGCACCCGCUCGGAUGAAAUCGUGACACUAUGGGAGAGCUUAACGCGAGCUACAGAGAAGAAAGGUGCGAAAUUACAAGAAGCCUCCCAGCAGCAACAAUUCAACCGAACAGUAGAAGACAUCGAACUGUGGCUAUCAGAGGUAGAAGGGCAGCUCAUGUCGGAAGAUUAUGGUAAAGAUCUGACCAGCGUCCAGAACUUGCAAAAGAAACACGCGCUUCUGGAGGCUGACGUAGGCUCUCACGCGGAUAGGAUCGAUAGUAUUGCUCAAGCGGCCGAACAGUUCGUUAAGUCAGGCCAUUUUGAUGCUGAUAAUAUCAAAACUAAGCAGGAUCAAUUACAAACUAGAUACGCUGCCUUGCAGCGUCCUAUGAGUGUAAGAAAGCAACGACUCCUCGAUUCGCUCCAAGUGCAACAACUGUUCCGAGAUAUCGAGGACGAGGAAGCAUGGAUUCGCGAGAAAGAACCAGUUGCGGCAUCUACAAAUCGCGGUCGUGAUUUGAUUGGCGUGCAGAAUCUUCAGAAGAAGCAUCAAGCUGUUCUAGCCGAAAUCAACAAUCAUGAGCCAAGAGUGGCCGCUGUUUGCCAAGCAGGUUCGACGAUGUUGCAAGAGGGACAUUUUGCAGCCGAGGAAAUCAAUCAGCGACUGGCAGCUUUAGAUGAACACUGGGGACAGCUGAAAGAUAAAGCUCGACAACGUAAGAAUGAUUUGGAUGAUUCUUUACAGGCACAUCAAUAUUUCGCUGAUGCGAAUGAAGCUGAAUCAUGGAUGAAGGAGAAACGUCCUAUAGUGAUGAAUGGCGAUUACGGCAAGGACGAGGAUAGUUCAGAGGCUCUUCUGAAGAAACACGAGGCCUUAGUCAGCGAUCUGGAAGCGUUUGCAAGCACCAUCGCAGCGCUGAGAGAUCAAGCUGCGGCGUGCAGACAGCAAGAGACACCUACAGUCGACAUCACCGGCAAAGAAUGUGUCGUAGCCCUCUAUGACUACACUGAGAAGUCUCCCAGAGAAGUAUCCAUGAAAAAGGGCGAUACUUUAACUCUGCUCAACUCCAACAACAAAGAUUGGUGGAAAGUCGAGGUAAAUGAUCGUCAAGGUUUUGUACCAGCGGCAUAUGUAAAGCGUGUGGAACCUGAGGCGGGUCUUAGUGCAUCUCAACAGAACUUGGCUAGGGAGCAGAGCUCAAUCGCCGCGCGACAAGCGCAGAUCGAAGCGCAAUAUGAUGAUCUCUUGCGUUUAGCACGCGAACGUCAAAAUAAGCUUAACGAAACAGCCAAAGCUUAUGUAUUGGUGAGAGAAGCCGCGGAAUUAGCUACUUGGAUCAAAGACAAGGAGAAUCACGCUCAAGUGCAGGAUGUAGGCGAAGAUUUAGAACAAGUGGAAGUUAUGCAGAAGAAGUUUGAUGACUUUCAGGCUGAUCUUAAGGCGAAUGAAGUACGUUUGGCUGAGAUGAAUGAAAUCGCCGUACAACUAAUGAGCCUUGGGCAAACUGAAGCGGCAUUGAAGAUUCAGACGCAAAUCCAGGAUCUGAACGAGAAAUGGACCAGCUUGCAAACGCUCACAGCAGAACGAGCUAAUCAGCUUGGUUCUGCUCACGAGGUGCAACGAUUCCAUCGUGACGUUGAUGAAACGAAGGAUUGGAUUCGCGAGAAAGAUGCGGCAUUAAACAAUGAUGACCUUGGCAAAGAUUUGCGCAGCGUUCAGGCUUUGCAACGCAAGCACGAAGGACUGGAGAGAGAUCUGGCAGCUUUGGGAGACAAGAUCAAGCAACUUGAUGAGACAGCUAAUCGCCUAAUGCAGUCACACCCAGAAACUGCUGAGCAAACAUACGCUAAACAGAAGGAGAUCAAUGAAGAAUGGACUCAAUUGACGGCCAAAGCUAAUAGCAGAAAGGAGAAACUUCUGGAUUCAUAUGAUUUGCAACGUUUUCUCAGUGAUUAUCGUGACUUGAUGGCUUGGAUCAACUCAAUGAUGGGCUUGGUUGCUUCCGAAGAACUUGCAUCGGACGUCACAGGUGCCGAAGCAUUGCUCGAACGUCAUCAGGAGCACCGGAUGGAGAUAGAUGCUAGAGCAGGUACUUUCCAGGCGUUCGAACUGUUCGGCCAACAACUAUUGCAAUCUAGCCAUUAUGCUAGCGUGGAAAUACUGGAGAAACUUGAAUCUAUGGCAGAAGCCAGACAAGAAUUAGAAAAAGCUUGGAUUCAACGACGUAUGCAGCUCGAUCAGAAUCUCGAAUUGCAAUUGUUCUGCAGAGAUUGCGAGCAAGCGGAGAAUUGGAUGAGCGCGCGAGAAGCUUUCCUCAGCAGUGCGGACGCAGUAGACAGUAGUGACAAUGUUGAAGCUCUCAUCAAGAAACAUGAAGAUUUUGACAAAGCAAUCAACGCUCACGAAGAGAAAAUUGCUACCUUACAAACUCUAGCCGAUCAGUUAAUCGCUGCCGAGCAUUACGCCGCUAAACCCAUCGAUGAAAGAAGAUGCCAAGUGUUAGAUCGCUGGCGACAUUUGAAGGACGCUCUUAUCGAAAAGCGUUCGAAGUUAGGCGAAUCUCAGACUCUACAACAGUUCUCUCGAGAUGCUGACGAGAUGGAAAAUUGGAUUGCUGAGAAACUUCAGUUAGCGACCGAGGAAAAUUACAAAGAUCCCGCCAAUAUACAGUCAAAGCAUCAGAAACAUCAGGCAUUUGAAGCCGAAUUGGCAGCCAAUGCAGAUCGAAUUCAAUCGGUACUUGCUAUGGGAGGCAAUUUAAUCGAAAAGCAUCAGUGUGCCGGGUCGGAGGAUGCGGUUCAAAAAAGAUUGGCAUCUAUUGCUGAUCAGUGGGAAUAUCUUACGCAAAAGACCACGGAGAAGUCCAUGAAGCUGAAGGAAGCCAAUAAGCAGCGUACUUAUAUCGCUGCCGUAAAGGAUCUUGAUUUUUGGCUUGGAGAAGUCGAAAGUUUGCUUACAUCCGAAGAUGCCGGCAAAGAUUUAGCCUCUGUGCAAAAUCUUAUGAAAAAACAUCAACUUGUUGAAGCAGACAUACAGGCGCAUGAGGAAAGAAUUAAGGAUAUGAAUGCACAAGCCGAUUCAUUGAUCGAGAGCGGUCAGUUUGAUGCCGCUGGUAUUCAAGAAAAACGCCAGAGUAUAAAUGAACGUUAUGAGCGAAUUAGGAACUUGGCAGCACAUAGACAGGCGAGACUUAAUGAAGCUAAUACUUUGCAUCAAUUUUUCCGCGAUAUUGCUGACGAAGAAUCUUGGAUUAAAGAGAAGAAACUUCUUGUCGGAUCGGAUGAUUACGGCCGCGACCUUACGGGCGUACAGAAUUUGAAGAAGAAGCACAAGAGAUUGGAGGCUGAACUUGGUAGUCAUGAACCUGCUAUCCAAGCUGUUCAGGAAGCAGGAGAAAAAUUGAUGGACGUUUCAAAUCUGGGAGUACCCGAAAUCGAGCAACGUUUGAAACUUCUUAAUCAGGCAUGGGCUGAACUGAAACAAUUAGCUGCCACUAGAGGACAGAAGUUGGAUGAAUCCUUGACGUAUCAACAGUUUCUUGCCAAGGUCGAAGAAGAAGAAGCCUGGAUCACAGAAAAACAGCAAUUACUUUCCGUUGAAGAUUAUGGUGAUACAAUGGCUGCCGUACAAGGUCUUUUGAAAAAGCACGAUGCGUUUGAAACUGACUUUGCAGCACACGGUGAACGCUGCAAGGACAUUUGUGAAGCGGGCGAAGCGCUGAUCAAAGCUGGCAAUCAUCGAGCAGAUGCUAUCAGUCAAAGAUGCGCACAAUUGCGCAACAAAUUGGAGCAACUCGGAGCUCUCGCGGCCCGUAGAAAGACACGGCUAAAUGACAACUCCGCGUACUUGCAGUUUAUGUGGAAGGCUGAUGUAGUCGAGUCAUGGAUUGCUGAUAAGGAAACUCAUGUGCGUUCUGAAGAAUUUGGUCGGGAUCUGUCUACUGUGCAAACUCUGCUUACGAAACAGGAGACUUUUGAUGCUGGUCUUCAUGCCUUUGAACACGAAGGUAUCCAGAAUAUCACCUCAUUAAAGGAAAUGCUUGUUGAUUCUGGUCACGAUCAAACACCCAGCAUUCAAAAACGUCAUGCUGAUGUCAUUGCUCGUUGGCAAAAACUUUUGGCAGAUUCCGACUCGAGAAAACAACGUUUAUUAAGAAUGCAGGAUCAGUUCAGGCAGAUUGAAGAGCUUUAUCUGACAUUUGCAAAGAAGGCAUCCGCUUUCAACUCUUGGUUUGAGAAUGCCGAGGAAGAUUUAACGGAUCCUGUACGUUGUAAUAGUAUUGAGGAGAUUCGAGCUCUUCGCGAAGCACACGCACAAUUUCAAGCAAGCUUAUCCUCAGCUGAAGCUGAUUUCCAAGCCCUGGCUGCUCUAGAUAGACAAAUUAAGAGCUUCAAUGUCGGACCAAAUCCAUACACGUGGUUUACGAUGGAAGCCUUGGAAGAUACUUGGCGGAACUUACAAAAGAUAAUUAAGGAACGCGAUGUUGAGCUUGCAAAAGAAGCACAGCGACAGGAGGAAAAUGAUAAAUUACGUAAGGAAUUCGCCAAGCAUGCCAAUGCCUUCCAUCAAUGGCUUGCGGAAACAAGAACAUCUAUGAUGGAAGGAUCCGGAUCUUUGGAACAGCAACUGGAAGCUACCAAGCGAAAAACUCAAGAAGUUCGUGCACGUCGUCAAGAUCUGAAGAAAAUCGAAGAUCUAGGAGCUAUUUUAGAGGAACAUCUAAUUCUGGAUAAUCGUUAUACAGAACACAGUACCGUAGGAUUGGCACAGCAAUGGGAUCAAUUGGAUCAGUUAGGAAUGCGUAUGCAACACAAUUUGGAACAACAGAUUCAAGCGCGAAACCAGUCAGGUGUAUCUGAAGAUGCACUCAAAGAAUUUUCUAUGAUGUUCAAGCACUUCGAUAAAGACAAGAGCGGCCGCCUGAAUCACCAAGAAUUCAAAUCGUGCCUGAGAGCUUUGGGCUACGACCUUCCUAUGAUAGAAGAAGGACAACCUGAUCCAGAAUUUGAGAACAUAUUAGAUAUUGUGGAUCCUAAUAGGGACGGCUACGUAUCUCUACAAGAAUACAUGGCGUUUAUGAUCAGCAAGGAAACGGAGAACGUGCAAAGUUCAGAGGAAAUAGAAAACGCUUUCCGAGCAAUCACAGCAGCAGAUCGGCCAUAUGUCACAAAGGAGGAAUUAUAUGCUAACCUCACGAAGGAGAUGGCUGAUUAUUGCGUUGCUCGUAUGAAACCUUAUGUAGAUCCCAAAUCAGAACGACCGAUAACAGCUGCGUUGGAUUAUAUAGAAUUCACGCGCACUCUUUUUCAGAAUUAAUUAUGCAUUCAUUUUUUCAAGCUUAUUAAAUUACAAUUGCAUAAAAGCUAUUAUAUAUGUUUUAUCUUCAAAUACUAUGCUUGAUUAUCUAAUACAUCUAAUAAUAAUUAUCAUUUAGAGCAUUUAUAAAAAUUGAAAUUUUCUAAGCUAAUUAGUUGAUAGACAAAAAAAAAUAUAUCAAGAAUAUAUUUCUAUGUUAGAAGCAAUGUUUUUCCUAACAAGUACAUUCUUUACAUAUAUUUUCGAAUAUUAUUCAAUCUUCGAUUCUUAAUUAUCUUUAAAAUAAAUAUGCAUUUAAUAUAUUAUAUUAUUUUAUUCAAUAAAAGUCUAUAAAACAUG